AUGUCAUCGCAGGGCAUUCGCCUGCGCCUCGCCAUCCGCAGGCACGCGGUCCCUGAGGUCAAGCUCGUGUGGCCAUGCGUCACCUCCGAGGACCUCACAGUCGCAAAGCUCCUCGCCCAAGUCAACGAAGUGGUGCCCCUCGAGAGUGGAGAAUGGGGUCUUGAGGACUACGCCGUUGAACUAACCGACGGCAAUGGGGGCAGCUUUGAGUGUUUGCACUUCCAGCAGGUUGGCAGGAUCUUGAAGGAGGAUGACCAGGUCUUGAUCCGAUCCCUUCUUACCGAAGACCUCAGGCGACGACGACUCACCGGACGACACCAGAUUUCCUCUGAUGGGCGGCACCUCGUUGACGGUCUCGCUUUCGGAAGACCGUGGCUGAGGGUCCCCCGAGAUCGACCUGCCCUUGACUUGCCUCCACGAAAACGAGCCCGACUGGAAUAUGACAUCGAGGAAGAUGAGGAGGACGAGGAUGACGAAGAAGAUGAGUCCUUCACAGACGAAGACUCUACGGAAGAUGAAGAGCUACCAGAGCAGCUCAUGCUGGAAGGCACAGAGCCAUUCGAUGCCGACGAGCCUAGCAGCGUUGGCAUACAUGCAUUGUUUGACGAUGCCGAUCGGGAUGCCGACAAUGAAGGCGAUGACGGUAUCGACAGCGACGACAACGACUUCCUCCCAGGCAACGAUGCCGAGAGCAGCGCCGACGAGGAGGAAGACGUCAACCUCGAGGACGAGCUACGAGUUUUGCAGGAAGACAACGCUGUCAUAGGAGACCAGCCGUCAACGGAGCACCUGGAAUUCGACUCUAGCGACGACGACGAUUUGCCUCGGGGUCUUCUCACGGCCCAAGAUCUGGACCUCUCAUCCCUUGACCAUAUCGCCACUCUUCGAUCGGCGUUUCCCCUAACAUCAGUAACUUCCAUCCAUACCGAGUUGCUCCGUCAGCAUAUGAACCUGAGAGCAACGUUCCAGGCCCUCGCCAAAUCGAACGAGCCGACUAUGAGCUUUGACGAAAUGAUGGAUCGAGCAUUAACUGGGUUCAUCGAUUACUCUCAGCCAGCCCUUCUCGGCCAAGAAACUUCGUUGCUCGCGGGUCUUGGCGCCCGAGAAUCUGGAAGUCCAGACAUCAGAGGGCUCAGGGGCUCGGCAAGGCCAAUGAUUGAGGAGGUAGAGAGUAUCGAUACUCCUGCCACAGGUGGUCCCAGGAUGGAAGCCCCAUCGGGAGAAUUCACCUUCCGCCAGGUGAUGAACAUGAGCGUCGAGGCUAGUAGUGACGACACAUCCAGCAGUGAUAGUAGCUCAGAAGCAAGCUCCGAUGACUCAAGCUCCGACGACGAUUCCGAUGACGACUCCGACGACGCCAUGGAUAGCUCUGACAGCGAGUCUAGUGAUUCUAGCGAUUCCAGUGAUUCUAACUCUGAUUCUGACUCGAGCUCAGGUGACGAUGCCAGUGUCAACAACUCCACGGGCCGCCUCGAAGACGAUGACGACAGCUCGAGUGACUCCGACUCCAGCAGCUCGAGUGACGAUUCCGCAUCAGAGCCAGAGGAGGUUCCCUCAAAGAAGGAAGCUCCAGCAAAGGCGCUCGUAGUCCCGGAAGUUUUGAAGCAGAUCCUCGCUACAUCUACUACCUCGCCACCCAUCGCCGCCCCUGUCCCUCCUGGUUGCGGUCUUACCAGAACCCAGAAGCGAAAUGCUCGGAGGCGAGACGCAAAGAGGCUCAAGGAAUCAAAUGGCGCUCAAUUGCAGUCGCCGAUGAUUUCUGAAGUUGAGAACGAGGAUGCGGAGCUAUUGGCUCGAAAGAAAGCCCUCCUGCUCAGCGUGGUUGGCGAAGAAACUCCCAAGACCAAGGCAGAGCAAAUUGCAGUUCCUAGUAGCACAGAGAUCCACCCCAAGGACACACCCACGGUAGAAACUCCCCAGGAUGCCCCUCCGAGCAGCGAACCCACCUCGCAGCAGCGUCGCAUGAAGGUUGACAUGGGUGCUGGACGCAGACUUUUGUUUGGCGCACUCGGGCUGAAGAACCCCAAGUCAAAGGCCGACGAAGACAAGCUUCGAAAGAAUCUGAUGAAGGAUGUGCGACCGUUGGAGAACCAUCGAAUUCAAGAUAUCCCAAAAACCAAUGGCGCCAAAGAGUCUGAGCCAGAGCAACCCGAUGAAGAUCCUGAGGCAUGGCGGGAGAAGAUUUCAUACCGCGGCGUGGAAUGUUGCCACGAGGGCAUGGUGCUCAGCGAGCCACCAUUUCCGUUUGUGCAACGUUGGGAUCCCCAACAGCAGUAUGGGUCCAUGAGGAAGAGGAAGCGAGAGUCGCAGAAUGUGUACGACGAGAGCUACUACGAGGAAGAUUCCCAGUGGAACGAAGACGGCACCGAAUGGGUAGAACCCGAGAAGAAGAAGAAGAAGUCGAAGAAGCGAAAGGGCAAGGAUAACCACGGUGACGAUGAAGGAAAGGAAACCAAUGCUGACGCGGACGUGAUUCUCAACUACGAUGACACGCCAGCCAAGGCUCGUCCGGAAGACAGCCAGUUCACAGACGUGGACGAUCUCCCAUCUUUGCCAUCGGAUCUCACCACCCUCUCCGUGCUCGAGUUUAACGACGUCAAGCCCGGCAUGGUCGUGACCUGGAAGCAGCUGCUCAUGUCCAAGGCUACAAGCUGGCAACCCCAACUCGCAUCUCUCACGGGCUUGGUCUUGUCCAUCAGCGACGAUGACUGUGUCCAUGUUCUACUCGCUAAAAGAGACCGUGAAGAGAAUGACAAGGUAUACGAUGAGCACACCGGCAAGCGGGUAUAUGACAAGUUUGAGGCGCCAGACUCGGAUGAAGAUGACGAAGACGAAGGAGACACUGGACGAAGAGACGUGGAGUGGACAGAGAUGACUGAGACGAGAUUGGUCCAACCCGCGCCGCCAUCCAGCUCGCCGAGUGCACCCGCGAACGGAGAUUCGGUCCAGGCGGCUGAGAGCGCACCAGUGGCCGAUUCAAUCGCAGACAACGUAAGCAAGAAAAACGACGAUAACGAGACUGUGGCUGAGGAGUUAGAUACGCAGGAAGUGAUGGCCGGUGUGGAAGUCGAGCUAAGAGACCUAGAGACAACCAAGACUGCGCCAAGCGAUAUAUCGACCCCGAUCCCAUCCGGACAAGCCCCGCCACGCAUCGAGGUGAUCGCCUCGAACGACUGGCCAAACAUGGCGGCCCAAAGUACAGACUCGCCGAUCGAGAGGGAUAACAGCCCGAGCCGGCAAUUACAGGAAAUGUCACAGGUGGCUUCUACUCCAGAGAAACGGGACCCGGAGGUUACUUCUGGGGAAAAGAACGAUUCUAAUGUCGACCAACCUGUUGAAGGAUGUGACGCUCUGGAAAUCGACAUGGAGGACUGGAACCCUACACUUCUGAAAGAUUCUGAACUGGAGUCAGUGAUUCCCGAUAGUAUGCCGUCUCUUGGUCUCCCUCAACCAUCAGAUGUAGACAAUUCUCGCCCAUCACCUGUGGUUGAGCACCCUCUCGCGGUGGCUUCGUCAGUAGGCAGUGUUCACAGUGGACGACAACCACCCUCAAACUAUGGCAUGGAAGAGUCUCACGAGCGCAUUGAGGAUUCUGCGAUGGGAGACACUACUCCUCGUGCACGCGACAUGACGCCAACCCCACGAGAUGGCCCGUCUAUUGAUGAAGACAGGAGGAGCAGUAGUCCGUUCCCAUCUCUGGACGAGAUCUUUCACACCGCCGCCACGUCGCGACACACACAGAGCCCUGGAAAACCAGCACAAAUGUCAGCAAUGCAGUCUCUGAAAGCUAGUGUGAGACGAGACUUUGAGUACGAAGAGGCGAUGCGCAAGCUCGAUGAGGGUGAGGAGGAGUCGGACCUGUCAUCGGACAAGAACAAGUCGAUCCGGAGCUUGUUCCCGAAUGCGACACAGCCUGAAGCCGAAGUAGAUCUUCCCAAACUUAUUCCACCCAAGUUGGAGACACCACCAAGGUCGGCACGGUCUCAGCGAGCGAAGCGAUCAUCGCCGUUUAGGAUCCCAGAAGGCAGCCAAGUUAUCUCACUCAGCUCCAGCCCGGACUCAUCGCAGUUUGUAGAGGAUUACGCCCUCGACAAUGACGACGAAACCUACAAAGAGAGUCCUCAUCCAGACGGAUCAGGUUUAUCCCAGAAAAAGGACCGCGAUGUGACGCGACGAGAGACUAGGAGCCGAGGAAAGAGUGUGCCAGCGACAACAAGAGGCAAGCCCAUGCGGACCAAGCUGGGACGUGGCCGGACAUCUUUGCCACCAGCAAUGGACGCCAACGCGAGCGCGGUCAGCCAGAUCAAGGGGCGGAAGAAGAGGGGCGGCAAGUCUUGA